ACUCAGGUCAACCAUCUUUGCACCAAGCAGGUACUUUUCCAAUUUAAGUCAAAGGUCACACACUGGCAAACCUUUGAAAAACCACACCUUCAACCUUCAACAGAUCAGCUUCAUCAAAUACAUGUGGCUCUUCAGGUUUCGACAGUUAAAGGGACCAUUGCUGGCUUCGUCUGUCGUAGCCCAGAUGUUGAGCAGAUUGUAUUACAGUAGGCAGUAAGAAUGCUUGGCUCGAUCAAUACUGCUACAUCAAACACCUCCUCUGGAUCGGUGCCUACAGGGAGUACAGUUGCCCACACUGCUCACACCAGCAAAAAGAUAUGUGGAGGACAGAUGGAGCACAUACAGGGGAUUAUCAUGACCUCCCAUUCAGGCUCUGUGAGUUAUUUAUCAUUGUAGCAGAUGCAUAGGCUGCAAGACACACAGGGUCAAGCAUGAAGAUUUGCCUUUAGUGCCAUGUUAUGUCUGUACAUGUGCAUGUAGCAGUGUGCAUGCAUGUGGAAGGAGCAGAGUGUGUCACCGCCCUGCAUCUCUGAAGUGGGUGGGAGCAGGUGGGGGGAAAGGCUCCGGGAGUUUGGGGAGGCAGUUAUAAGAGAGUGCUGCCCAGGUCAUGUUUUCUCAGUUGUCACUGUGGAAGGAUCGUACCACAGUGAUUUGCUGCUGUGACCUGGAGAGACCCCUGGCACUACUUCACGGAAAGGUGAUGAACAUUAGGAUGAAGGGGGUUCUGGUCCUUUUCUGCAUGAUCUCGACAUGCAGAGCUCAGAAAUGGAAACAGGAAACCUCACCUUGGGACCCUAAAGUAGAACCCACCGAUGCCAAGACGUGCUCAAACCUUACACAGGUACUGGACAACUGGAAAUUUGCCAUUCUAACCCAAGUGAAAGACCUGCUGAUCAAUGACCACUCCUCUGUCCUUCCUGAGUACAGCAGGAUCCAGCCUCUGUCAGAUGCUCUGGGAGACCUCUACAAGCAAUUUAACACACUCAAAGAUGAGCUCGGGGCGCUCACCGCAAAGCUUGACAGAGUGGAGGCUUUUGUGGAUGACCUCAAGGAUGGUAGAUCCAGGCUGCCUCAGCGACCCAUACAAAGGAUUCACCCCAAUGUUGGUCUGAGGUCUCCAAUGCGAGCACAGAUGAGGGUUCCUGACAGGAGGAUUAUUACAAAGCCAACACCAAUCAGAGUGAGAAGGAGAGGACAACAGAGACCUUAGACCUGUUGCCUUUAUGGCUUUUGUCUAGUAUCAGUGCUGAUGUAUUGCUGUGAACAAGAGUUGAUAUGUUUAUAUAUUUUCAGAAGAAGAUGAGUGAGAAGAUGAGAAGAGUUUUAUUAUUUUAUUGAUGAGUGUGAUGUGAGAAAGGGUCACAUAAAUAAGGCUGCAUGGCGUAGACACGAUGAUAGACCUCUAUAUUAUUACCAGUAAAUUUCCCUUUCUGUACAAAGUCACUUUGAACCACAAGGUGGCAGCAUUUAUCAAUUUAUCAACUGUCAUCCUGCCGCUCUAUACAGUAUAAUAGCAAUAGCUGGACUUAAUGUUACAUAAUGGCUGAAAAUGUUGUCUAAUGCAGUACAUAGAUACUUUUUUCACAUUGAUUAACAUUGUAUGGCAUUUGUUUGUAUUGCUUGAUAUAUUUGGACUAUGUUACCUAAUUCAUUAUUAAAAACAGACUCAUAUUAA